GACUUACGUGCCUCAUUUCGGCGUCGGAUAUCGCCACAGACGGACUGUUUUUAAUUUUAUAUACAAAAGAAACUGGACAAAAAACGAACUGUAUUUGGAACCAUGUUUUGUAAAUGGUUAGUGGUGGUGAUAUUAGUAUCGCUUGGUGUUUUGGCCGAAGAAGAUAGCGGGAGACUCUUCUCGUUCAUACAAAGUCCCAUAUUAGAAUUUCUUCUAAAAACUGCUGCCAACAAUUACGUGCCAAAUAAUGCUGGAGAUCCUUUUGACUUUUUAAGGGAUUCGUUUCCUUUGCCUGGAGGACUGAAGCAAGCAUACACCGACUAUGAUUACAUAGUAAUAGGCGCUGGAUCGGCGGGUAGCGUGGUUGCUUCUCGUCUGACCGAAGACAAUAAUGUCACGGUGUUACUACUGGAAACUGGCAAGCCAGAGAUGCUGGUGACAGACAUACCAGCACUGGCGCCGUACUUUCAGUCCACUGAAUACUCGUGGCAGUAUUACAUGGAACACGAACCGGGCGUUUGUUUGGGCAUGAAGAAUGAGCGAUGUUUUUGGCCCCGUGGUAAAGCCGUCGGAGGCACCAGCGUCAUAAACUACAUGAUCUACACGCGAGGUAGACCUCAGGAAUGGGACAGGAUUGCUGCCGCAGGAAACUAUGGAUGGUCUUACAAUGAUGUAUUGAAAUAUUAUAAAAAAUCCGAAAGAGCAAGCCUGGGGGGAUAUGAAAAGAGUCCGCAUAGAAACGAGAAUGGUGAAGUACCUAUAGAAUUUGUACCAGUCAGAACCAAACUAGUAAAGGCGUUCCUGGAAGCCGGCGAGUUACUUGGGCAUCCAACGGUAGACUACAAUGCGCCAGAAACUUUAGGAUUUGGAUAUUUACAAUCUACUUUGAGCAAAGGCCACCGUCAAAGCGCCGCUAAGACAUUCUUGCAUAAUAAGAAGUACAGACGCAACUUACAUAUACUACCGGAAAGCACGGCCACCAAAAUACUCAUAGAUCCUGGUACAAAGACUGCUUACGGCGUGGAAUAUGUCCGAAACAAAGUAAUUUAUACUGCCAAAGCUCGUCGAGAGGUAAUUUUAUCAGCAGGGCCGAUAGCAUCACCGCAACUUCUCAUGUUAUCAGGUGUGGGACCAAAAGACCACUUGAACUCUUUAGGCAUACCAGUCAUACAGGACCUUCCUGUUGGUCAAACGCUGUACGACCACAUUUGCUUCCCUGGACUGAUAUUUGAACUGAACCGCACGGGUCUAACAUUCCAUGAGCAUGAAGUGCUCAAUAUUCCAACGAUAGUGCAAUGGCUAAAAAACGGCGAUAAUAGUCUUUCAUCACCGGGCGGUGUAGAAGGAAUAGGAUAUAUUAAAACUCCAGUGUCUAGCGACCCUGAGCCAGUUCCAGACAUAGAAUUAAUCAGCAUCGGCGGAUCGAUAGUGUCUGAUGGAGGGCGUGAAGGCAGUAAAGCUAUUCGUAAGGGAAUGAGAAUAAAAGAUUCAGUAUUCGACGAAGCGUUUGGGAACCUAGACAGGUCAGGUAAAGAUACAUGGAGCGCAAUUCCAAUGUUAUUGCACCCCAAAUCUGUAGGAAGACUGGAACUGCGCGAUAAUAACCCUUUCAGUCACCCGAAGUUAUACGGCAACUAUCUAACACACGCCAUUGACACGGCAACAUUCGUCGCUGCAAUCCGCCACGUGCAAGAAUUAACAGCGACACCACCGUUCCAGAAAUAUGGCGCUAAGCUACACCAGGCCAAGUAUCCAGCAUGCCCUAAUGCUGACUUUAAUUCAGACGAGUACUGGGAGUGUGCGAUACGCACACUGACUGCCACGCUGCAUCAUCAGAUUGCCACGUGCCGUAUGGGUCCUGUUGGCGACCCUCAAGCUGUCGUAGAUCCUGAACUACGAGUACAUGGUAUCAAACAGCUUCGAGUUGUCGACACAAGCGUCAUUCCGUCCACUACGUCUGCACACACUCACGCGCCAGGCAUGAUGAUUGGUGAAAAAGCAGCUGACAUGAUCAAAUCAGCUCAAUGAAACCGACAUUGAUAAGACUGAAACUUUGAUUAUUGUAUGUAUAUUUUUUUUACUGGAAUGGAAUAUAUUUUGUAAUAUUGGAAAUGGGCAAACAUUAUUACGAGAGAUAGACACAAUAGAAUAAUUAAUCACGGAUGAUAAUAAAAAAGAUAUUGCUGAUUAUUGAUAUCACUUAAAACCAUUAAUAAAUAGUUUUGUAUCUUACGUUAUGGAUAAAUAUUUACGGAAAUAUAUUUUCAUGGUUCUAAAAUUAUAGACCAAAUCAUCUCAUUAAAAUACUAAUGCGUCACAUCAUCCUAAAAUUAUUAACUCAAGAACGCAUUGUUAAUUUAUCCGUACGUGCACUUCCUUAAACUCAGCUAAUUACAAAAUGUACAAAACAAUUUCCUGUUACCAACAAAAUGCGAAUGUAAAAUACUUUUUUGUAUCUUGUCUUGGUCACUUAGUGCGUCCAAGAUCAUAAUUAUGGUUUGCCCAAAAUAUACAUAUUAAUAAAAAUGCUAACACGAA